AUGUCAACACGUUUUCACCCCGGGGGCACUUCGCAAAUUCCACUGUCCCAGCAAUGUGUUGGGAUACCAGCUGUAUUGGAUGAAGAACCUACCAUACUCCAGUAUGACCUCAUUUUAGCUAAUUACAUUUAUAACAAUCCUAUUUCCAAAUCAAGUGAUGACCCACCAGAAAGCCCAGGGGGAACAUCCCGUGGACUAACCAGAGAGCAGCUUUUUGUGCUCAUAUCUGCAGCGUCCAUUAAUUUAGGUUCUAUGCUGUGCUACUCUAUUCUUGGACCUUUUUUCCCCAAGGAGGCUAUAAAAAAAGGAGCCAGCAACACAGUUAUUGGCAUGAUCUUUGGCUGUUAUGCCUUGUUUGACUUACUAUCAUCUUUGGUAUUUGGAAAAUAUCUUGUACAUAUUGGAGCAAAAUUUAUGUUUGUAGCAGGAAUGUUUCUCUCAGGAGGAGUUACAAUUCUCUUUGGCAUAUUGGACCAAGUUCCAGAUGGACCAAUGUUUGUUGCUAUGUGUUUUGUAGUGAGAAUAGCAGAUGCAAUAAGCUUUUCUGCAGCAAUAACUGCGUCUUUUUCUAUCCUCGCGAAGGCGUUUCCAAAUAACGUGGCCACCGUAUUGGGAAGUCUUGAAAUUUUCUCGGGCCUGGGCCUAGUACUAGGGCCUCCUUUGGGUGGCUUCUUGUAUCAGUCCUUUGGCUACGAGGUCCCUUUUAUUUUUCUGGGAUGCAUAGUUCUGCUGAUGGUGCCACUCAAUAUGUAUAUUUUACCUAAUUAUGUGUCUGAUCCCAAUGAACACUCAUUCUGGAAACUUAUCACUUUACCCAAGGUUGGCCUGAUAGCCUUCGUCAUCAUCUCACUCAGCUCGUGUUUGGGCUUCCUGGAUCCUACGCUGUCUCUCUUUGUUUUGGAGAAGUUUCAUUUACCAGCUGGAUAUGUGGGCCUCGUGUACCUGGGGCUGGCUCUGUUUUACAUGGUUUUUUCACCAUUAUUUGGUCUACUAAGUGAUAAAAGGCCACAUCUAAGGAAAUGGUUUCUGGUUUUUGGAAGCUUAAUCACUGCAGGGUGCUACAUGCUUUUAGGACCAGCCCCAGUCCUGCACAUUAAAAGUCAGCUCUGGAUGCUGAUCCUGAUAUUAGUCAUAAAUGGUAUCUCUGCUGGAAUGAGCAUCAUCCCAACUUUCCCAGAGGUGCUCAGCUGUGCAUAUGAAAAUGGGUUUGAGGAAGGACUGAGUACAUUGGGACUGGUGUCAGGUCUCUUUGGUGCAAUGUGGUCUGUUGGCGCUUUUGUAGGUCCAGUGCUGGGUGGAUUUCUCUAUGAGAAAAUAGGUUUUGAAUGGGCAGCUGCUAUCCAAGGUCUGUGGGCUUUAGUAAGUGGAUUAUCAAUGGCCUUGUUUUAUCUGUUUGAGCACUCAAGAAAAAGACAAAGUCUCAGCACAGAGGAAGAUCGAGCUGCACUCCUGCCUGAUUAAAUCAAGUCUUCCAAAUCCUGGAUUGAUGCAGGGUUGGAUGGAGGUCUCUGGCCUUGAACAUCAAAGUUGGAAGGGUUUUCUUAUCUUAUGCCUGGCACUCCAUGGACUCCGUAUCAGCCUCUGGAAAAUGGUAACAUAUUUUUGGAUUAUCCUGUGUUCAGCUGUAGUUAACUACUGUGCUGAAGAGCUAGCUGCUGAACCAGCCAUACUGGAAACAUUAAGGAGGAGAACAGUUGACAAUCAAUGAAAGCUUGUGUUUUUAAGUGACCAAACUUACCUUCAACGAUGUAAAUGACUCCAGGUCUCCUGUUUCCUGUAUUUAAUUUUAUUUUAUUCUAAGAACACUGACUCUGUGAAUGUAUUCUUUUUAUUAUUUGGGAAAGAAAUGAAUUGAUUUGAUAUAUUUAAAAGUAUAUAAACUAAAGCUAUAUAGAACGAUUACUAUGAAAUCCGUUUUUAAUAGAUGUAAUUUCUAGGUGCCCUGAGAUUUUUGCUUUUGUUUAAAAGGCAAAAAUCCCUGCCUACCAUGCCAAAUUCCUCUGUCAUUCCCUCGUCUUCAUCUCUUCUAGAAAUUUGAUUUCUAUGAAAGGUACAGAAUAACAUUUGUUAAGACUUCCAUAUUUGUAAUACACUUUGAAAUUAUGAUCUGACUUUAAAAAUAAUGUUGAUACGACAUUAUUUCUUUUAAUGUCUGUCUCAUUUAUAUCAUUAAAAAAAAUUAACAUACUCCUAGUAGGUGUAUCCCAUUCCCAGAACAAGAGAGCUGACAGAAAUGCUUGCUCUACUUAGUGAAGUGGUCCUGUGACUGCAUGUAAAACUCAUUGUGUUUUUGGAAAUGAGUGAAUCUCUGUGGUACAACUCUCCUGAUACAUUUUCAUGGGGAAGUAGCCAUAUUUACUUAAAAAAAAAACCAAAAACAU